AUGACUGCUGCAUCGGACAAGGCCAGGCAGGCUGUACAAGUCUAUACAAAGGGUACUGUGGCCUGGUUUUCAGACAAACAAGAAGGCUGGGUCUCGGCUACUUGUGUUUCCACCUCCAUAAACGAUGACAAUGUGCGUUUGGUCUUUCAAGAUGAUAAUGACGAUUCCAAGGAGCAUGUCUUUGAAAGUACACUAGCCGACAUUGCAAAGAACGAUGCAUCUACAUUACCACCCUUAAGAAACCCACCCAAAAUGGAGUACACAGAUGAUUUGACCAAUCUGAGUUAUCUCAACGAGCCUGCAGUGCUCAACACUAUCCGCACCCGUUACAUGCAGCAUCUCAUUUAUACUUACUCGGGCAUCGUCUUGAUCGCUGUCAACCCUUUUGAUCGUGUCUCUUUGUAUGAGCCGGAUAUUAUACAACAAUACGCUGGUCGACGUCGUGGGGAACUUGAGCCACAUCUAUUUGCUAUUGCUGAGGAUGCAUUUCGCUGCAUGAUUCGAGAACAAAUGAAUCAAACGAUUGUUGUUUCAGGAGAAAGUGGUGCAGGCAAGACCGUCAGCGCAAAGUAUAUCAUGCGCUAUUUUGCCACUGCAGAUGAUCAAGAAAUUGCCAGCAAGAAGAAAAAAGAGCAUGGUGCCAUGACGGAGGUCGAGAAACAAAUCUUAGCAACCAAUCCCAUCAUGGAAGCCUUUGGCAACGCAAAGACCACACGCAAUGACAACAGCUCACGUUUCGGCAAAUACAUUGAGAUCCAAUUUGAUAAGGAUGCCAACAUUAUCGGUGCCAAGAUCAGGACGUACCUAUUGGAGCGCUCUCGUCUCAUAUUUCAACCUGCCACAGAACGCAAUUAUCACAUUUUCUAUCAGUUAUGUGCAGGUGCACCUUCUUCAGAGAAAAAGGAUUUCGAGCUUGGUGAUUAUACCCAAUUCCAUUACUUGAACCAGAGUGGUACAGGAACCAUCCCUGGUGUGGAUGAUGCUGCCGAGUUUGAAACAACACAACGUGCUUUAUCCACGGUGGGCUUAUCUCUCCAAUUGCAAUGGCAAAUCUUUCGAUUGUUGGCUGCGCUUGUUCAUGUGGGCAAUAUACAAAUCACGGGUCGUGGUGAUGCGGCGGUGGCUGACACAGACAAUGCCCUGGUGACCUCCACACGAUUGCUGGGUAUCAAAGCUGCAGACUUCAAAAAGUGGAUCAUCCGAAAGCAGAUCAUCACACGCUCAGAAAAGAUCGUGACCAACCUUAAACCCGAUCAGGCUGUGGUCGUAAGGGAUUCAGUAGCAAAGUAUAUUUAUGCUAAUCUUUUUGAUUGGCUCGUGGCAGUCAUCAACGAGAGUCUCAUAUCACCUGAUCAAGAUGCCAUCCAAACCUUUAUUGGUGUCCUCGACAUUUAUGGCUUUGAGCACUUUAAGAAGAAUUCAUUUGAGCAGUUUUGUAUCAACUAUGCCAAUGAGAAGUUACAACAACAGUUCAAUCAACACGUCUUCAAAUUGGAGCAAGAGGAAUACCUUAGAGAAAAGAUCAAUUGGACAUUCAUCGAUUUCAGCGACAAUCAGCCAUGUAUCGAUUUGAUUGAAGGAAAAUUGGGUAUCCUUUCAUUGCUCGAUGAGGAAUCAAGGCUUCCAUCUGCAACGGAUCAAAGCUUUUGCCAAAAGCUGUACACCAACUUUGACAAGCCUGAGUAUAAGGACUUUUUCAAAAAGCCGCGGUUUUCGAAUCAAGCUUUCACGGUGGCCCAUUAUGCACACGAUGUCCAAUAUGAAGCUGAGAACUUUAUUGACAAGAACAAGGAUACCGUGCCUGAUGAACACUUGUCAUUGUUGAACUCUUCAGAAUUUGAGUUUUUGAGACAAGUACUUGACAAGGCUGCUGCUGCCAAUCCUGCUCCGACGCCUGAAAAGUCAAAGCGCAUGAGCACUCUUUCGAGAAAACCAACGCUGGGUUCCAUAUUCAAGCUCUCGUUGAUCCAGCUUAUGGAAACCAUCGGCCAUACCAAUGUUCACUAUAUUCGUUGCAUCAAACCCAAUGAAGCGAAGGCGGCAUGGGAAUUCGAGCCUAAUAUGGUUCUCUCUCAAUUGCGUGCAUGUGGUGUGCUCGAGACAAUCCGUAUUAGCUGUGCUGGGUAUCCAUCACGAUGGACGUUUGAAGAAUUUGCGGAGCGAUAUUAUGCACUUGUGCCAUCCAAAAAUUGGAGCAAUGCUCAAUCUCAGGAAGACAUUCGCCAACUAUGCAACACCAUUCUUGAUGUAUCGGUCAAGCAUUCGGAUCAAUAUCAGAUUGGCGUGACCAAGAUUUUCUUCCGUGCUGGUCAGUUAGCACAUCUUGAACGCCUGCGUACUGAUAGGUACAAUGAAUGUGCAAUCCUCUUACAAAAGCACAUGCGUCGUUUCAUUUAUCGAUCUCGAUACCUUCAUAUGCGUGAUCUUGCUUUGCGAUUACAGUGUGCUGCUCGACAAAGGAUAGCCAAAGCCAAAAUGCAAUUCUUGGUACAAAGCAAAGCAGCUUUACGUAUUCAGACUCAAUGGCGACGCUAUAAGGCACGACACCAUUAUCUUCAGCAGCUCGAAUUCAUCUUGCGUUUACAAACAGCCAUUCGAUGUCGAUGGGCACGUAAAACGAUGUCAGCUUCUCGAGAGACGCAUGCAGCUAUCCAGAUCCAAAGGAUGGCACGAGGAUGGUUUGCUCGAAAGCGAUACAAGGCACAGCGUAACUUUGUCAUUCGCCUACAAUCCCAUAUUCGAAGCCGAUUUGGGCGUAAGCAGCUGCUUGCUUUACGUGCAGAAGCUCGAUCCGCCGACCAUUUCAAGGAGGUGUCUUACAAGUUGGAGAACAAGGUGGUCGAGUUGACUCAAACGAUCACAGCCAUGACGGGUGAAAAGGAUAAAAUGAACGAGCGUGUGGCAGCAUUGGAAGCUGAGAUCAAGACAUGGAUGGUCAAGUACGAGAAACUUGAACAGACAUCCAAAGAGAACGAGACCAAAUUGAAUGAGCCCAUGGUAUCACAAGCCGAGUGGGAUGCAUUGAAACAAGAGCAUGAUAAGCUUUGUGAGAAUUAUGCUUCUUCAUUGAGUGAUCUCAAAGCGCGUGAACAAGACAUUGCAAAGAUACAAGAGCAACUCGAGAAUGAAAAGCAAGAAAAGGAAAAGCUACAUCAACAGCUUAUGGAUACCAAAGAGAAGGCUGACCACGACAUGGAUCAAAGUGAGGUGGGAGAGCUCAGGAACCAAGUUGCUGCUCUUAAACAACAAUUGGCACAAGCAAUGCGUGCACCACGACGACAAGGAUCAUCUCGAAAUCUGUCACCUGCCAUAGGGCGUAAUGUAUCCCCUUCACCCGUCAAAGGUGUAGCAGGUUUGGAGCCGGCUGGAUAUGCCGAUCGUCAACGAAGUCGAUCUCCUGGUUUACUUAAUCGCAAAGCGAGACGCAGUAGUACGGGAGGUGCUACUACAACAAGUGGUGUAUCACAACCUAUUACCAAGAAUCCACGACCUACAUCGAUUGACCAAUACAGUAGCCUGCUAGCAGUAUCAGGUGCACGAUCAGCUACUACGAGUGAGAAUCCUGAAGAAGAGAUUCUAGAGAUCUUGCAAGAUGAGCAGACUUUACUCGCUGAGAUUACUCAAGGUCUUAUCAAGGAUGUCAAAAUGCCAUUACCAAGUACGCAGAAUCCGCCAUCCGAAAGAGAGAUCUUUUUCCCUGUCAAUAUGAUCAGCUUGUGCCUGACACAAAUGUGGGGUCAUGGUUUUAUUCAAGAAUCCGAGCGUCUCUUGUUUACGGUCAUGGAUGUUAUCCAGAAGCAAUGCUUGAGUUUUUCUGGUGAUGAAGCAAUUACGCCAUGUGUGUUUUGGUUAUCCAAUGUGCAUGAGCUUCUUUCCAUUAUAUGCACCACCGAGCACGAGAUUGAGGAGGCGUUAUUCAAAAAGAAUGAUGAUGGCACUGCUUCGGGUUGGCAAGAUUUUGAAAAGCUUGCAGCGACGGUCAAGUUUGAAUUACAAUGUCUCGAGGACAACAUUUUCCAUACUUUGGUCAAGGAGCUCAAGAAGCGUAUUAAAAAGAUGAUCGUUCCUGCCGUCAUUGAGAGCCAAUCAUUACCUGGAUUUAUCACAGCCGAUACGGGUCGUUUCUUAAACAAGCUCUUGUCAGGCUCCUCGCAACCCGCCUACAGCACGGAUGAUCUAUUGAAUUACCUCAACAAGAUGUGGCGAACUUUGAAAUGUUAUCACGUGGACCCCUCCAUCAUGCAUCAAGUAUUGAUUGAGCUCCUACGCAUGAUUGGUGUAACGGCAUUCAAUGAUCUGCUUAUGCGAAAGAACUUUUCGUCAUGGAAACGUGCCAUGCAAAUCCAAUACAACGUGACACGGUUAGAGGAAUGGUGUAAAGGUCAUGACAUCCCCGAAGGUGCAUUGCAAUUGGAAUAUCUCAUGCAGACCACAAAGUUACUUCAACUCAAAAAGGCAACGGUUGCUGAAAUAGAAAGCAUCUAUGAAGUUUGUUGGCUUUUAUCGCCCACACAGAUACAAAAGCUCAUUUCCAAUUACCAAGUCGCUGAUUAUGAGAAUCCCAUCAAACCAGCUAUACUCAGUGCUGUGGCAUCCCAUGUUGUCAGCGGCGAUGCAAACGAUGUUUUAUUACUUGAUUCAGUGCCUAUGGAUGAUACUACGAAUCCAUUCGAGGUUCCCAUGCCAAGGAAUCGAAAGCCCCAAAAUUAUCUUCCAGCUUGGAUACAAUUGAAACGACUUCGGGCAUUGACUAUGCUUUUGCCACAGGAGCAACCAACAAAGAUGUCAUGA